UUUAUCGUUAUCUUACAGGCAUACGGUAAUCAAUCAGCCCAAUCAACGCAACGGGUUUGCUGUUGGUGUGAUAUCUGCUUUACCAGAGCCACUAAUCGGCCAAGCAAAAAUCAGUUUUUCACCCUGUACCACCAUGGCCGCACGCUCAACGGUAGCUUUGGCGCUGCUGCUUUUGGUAGCCUUCUCCGAAGGAGCCAAAAUUCUCGGUGUAAUCCCAACGGCAGGAAAAUCUCACUUCAACAUUGGUUCCGGUUUCAUGAAGGCCUUGGCCGAGGCUGGACACGAUGUCACCGUCAUCAGCCCGUUUGCGCUCAAGAAUGCUCCGAAGAACUAUCGCACCAUCGAAGUCCCGGAAGUGCUGGCAGAGUCGAACUUCGACCAGAACAUGUUCAACUUUAAGAGCUCGGGAGGCGCCAUUGCACCCUUAUUCUUGCUGUUCUUGAUGUAUGAAUCAUUUGCUAAGGUUAUAUGCAAAUGUAUACUGGAUAAUGCAAAUGUAGUCAAAUUGCUGAACUCAGAUGAAAAGUUCGACUUAGUGUUCGUAGAGACGUUCAUCAGUGAACCGCUGUACGGAUUCGCACAGCACUUUGAUGCUCCGCUGAUUACAUAUUCAACGUUCGGAAACUCCAUGUGGACCAACGAUCUGGUAGGAACUCCGGCACCACCAUCUCACGUAGCUCACUUUAUGCUUAGCUACACGGACAAGAUGUCAUUCUGGCAACGGUUCCACAAUACGGCUAUGACCAUCGUUGAUCGAGUGUACUACGAGUUGCGGUAUUUACCCAAUCAGAAGCGAUUGUACGACGCAGCGUUCCCGAAUGCUAAGAUGAGCUUCGACCAACAGAUGAAGAACGUAUCGUUGGUGUUUCUGAACCAACACUUCAGCUUGAAUAGCCCGAGGCCUUAUCCACCAAACAUGAUUGAGGCCGGUGGAGUUCAAAUUGAUGAUGCGAAACCUUUGCCUGAGGAUCUUCAAAAAUAUCUGGACGAAGCCAAGGAUGGCGUCAUCUACUUCUGCAUGGGAUCAACCAUUAAAUCGACACAUUUCCCAGAAGAGAAGCGUAACGCUUUCUUGAAGACAUUCUCCAAACUCAAGCAACGCGUCCUGUGGAAGUUCGAAGACGAAAAUAUGCCCAACCAACCAUCCAAUUUGAUGAUCAAGGCCUGGAUGCCCCAGAAUGACAUUCUCGCUCAUCCAAACGUUAAGCUGUUUAUCACACACGGAGGUCUCCUUGGUAUGACGGAAGCACUGUACCACGGAAAGCCCAUGGUCGGAAUUCCGAUCUUCGGAGACCAGCCGAUGAACAUCGAAAAAGCUGUAAGAUCUGGGUUUGCCGUAUUUCUGGACUACGAUGACAUCAAUGAGGACACCGUCGAUAAAGCAAUCAAUGAGGUUCUGAAUAAUCCAUCGUAUGCAAAAAAUGUUAAGCAAGUGUCCGAUCGUUUCCGAGAUAAGCCCAUGACUCCUAAGGAAACGGCCGUCUUCUGGACCGAGUACGUAAUUCGACACCGAGGAGCUCCCCAUUUACGAUCGACGGCAUUGGACCUUUCUUUGUUCCAAUAUCAACUGUUGGAUGUUUAUGCUAUGAUGUUGGUUAUGUUGGUAGCAAUCGUUGCAAUCGACGUUUAUAUCGCGAAAAAAGUCUUGAAAAAGGUACUUCGGAAAAUGUGCUCUGCUAGUAAGAAGAAGAAACAAUAAGUAGAAGUUGAAGUAGUUCAUUCAAAAGCAGUGAGUUUCGGAAAUGUUACCACAAACACAAGUUACCACCAACAGAACUACUUGCAGGCGUAAUUGUCAAACAAUCUACUAUACGGUGCUUUCAUGUUCAUAAUACUGCCUUAGUUUUUUAGAUUAUUAAUCCAUGAAACCAUUUGACAAUGUAUCUAUAUUCUGAACGGCCCAAUAAAAUCAAUUGAAAUUCAGAUCGAA